AUGGUGAUGGCGGACAUGACGGCCGCGCUGCUGCCACUGCUGGCGCAGCUGCUCUGCACUCAGGUGACGCCGGUGCUCUCCCACGCCCGGUUUCUGGAGCCGCCGUCUCGAGCCAGUAUGUGGAGGAUGGGCUUCGAGGCGCCGGUUGACUACCAGGACCACGAGGGCAGCUGUGGAGGACUGUUUUACCAAUGGCUGGCCAACGGGGGCCGAUGCGGUAUCUGCGGUGACCGCUGGGACGACUGGCCGCGGCCACACGAGCGAGGUGGACGCUUCGCUACCGGCGGCAUCGUGCGCCGAUAUCGCCGCGGACAGAUUAUCUCGACAGUGGUGGAGGUCACGACGGCACACCGCGGAUACAUGGAGUUCCGCAUCUGCGAGCUGAGCCGUGAACGUCCGGAGGCCACGCAGCCCUGUCUCAACAGACACCUACUACGGUUAGCUGACGGCUCCGGCACAAAGUAUCGGGUCGGAGAAAAGUCGGAGAUGGCCCGGGUCAAACUCCGUCUGCCGGCUGACCUGACCUGCGCCCACUGCGUCAUCCAGUGGCGAUACCGAACCGGUAACAACUGGGGCAUCUGUCCGGACGGCAGCAGUCAGCUCGGCUGCGGACCACAGGAGGAGUUCAGAGGCUGCUCCGAUGUGGCCGUCCUGCCGCGAAACUCUGACACCGAGUUCUCCACCGUCGGCCCAGCCACAACCAGCACCAGCGGACGACCGCGGGUACCCUCUGACCUGACGGGACCCUCCGGAGGCCUCAGAGGCCCUCCUGACCUGACGGCGCCCUCCGGAGGCCUCAGAGUCCCACGUCCAAUGGACUUCAACCAGCUACCGGAGAUAACCGGACCGUCGAGUGCCCAGACGUUCCGACCGAGACCUUCUGUGCCGAGACGGCCCUCUGACCUGAUCCCAGAGGUCACUGCUCCGUCGGCGCUCCCAGGGAGCCUCUCUGACCCACGCCGGCGGCCACCGCGGCCCGGCUACCACCACAGACCGUACGAGGCCAUGACUGCGAGAAAUCGGACUCGCGUCACCACCGGCACCAGACAGGUUUCUUCCAGCGACGACUUUGAUGAUGAGUUCAUCGAUCUCGACAACAAUUUCAUUGAUGUUGAUGGUAAUGUUGUAGACGAUAGCGACACUUCGGACGGGUUCAUCGACAGCGACGAACCGUUCGUCGACGUCGAUGAUCUGGAGGAGGUGGACCUGAGGGACCUCGAGUCGCUGGGAGUUGGAGACAUCCCGACGGCGUUCGACGGAGAUAACACCAUCGACGGCUCUUCAGACGAUCCGUUCAGAUCGGCCGGUCUGCGGCGAGGGAAGCAGCUGGGCGGUCUGAGUGCGUUCGACCGGGAGUGUCACGCCGUCGGUGUGUGGGUGACAGUGCCCGGUAUGGACGCCUGGUGCCACACCAACUGUCUGGCUGAGCCCGAGCCCAGCUGCCCGGAGGGUAUGUGUCAGUGUGGGGAGGCGGGCGCGGCGCCGGCCAGGCCUAGUCUGCAGCUGUUGCAGGGAUCGCUGCCGAGCCGGCCGGCCGCCGCCCUGCCGACACCGGCGAGUCCAAGUGCUGAGGACGAGCUGCCGCAGCCGCUGGCAGAGAGCGAUACGGUACAGGCCCUACUCACCGAGCUAGCCAGACUGAGAGAGGAGAGACUGCGCUACCAGGCGGCGCAGAGCGGAGGGAGACUCCCCACCAGCAGCCAACUGACCUACCUAGCCCCGGGGGACGCGCCGACCGUCGCCGGCGCAGCCCUCGGUGGGGUCACUAGUCCACGCGGUCCUCUACGACCGUUCUACUUUGCCCCGACGACCACACAACGCACUGCACCCCUCACCGAGCCGCCGCCCGUGGACGGGGACGGCGUCGAGCGGUUCCCUCCGCCGGUAGUCAGCGGACCGGCACAGGACGACCUCCGACCGGUCACCCUGCCGACCACCACAGCGGCAGAGGGAGAGGAAGAGCUGGAGGAGGACGCUGAGCUGCUACCGACAGAGCUGGUGGAGCGCGAGAGGCAGAGGGGACGGCUCAGGAGGCUGGAGAAACUUCGUGAGGAGUUGAGGCAGCGACAUGAGAAGGAGAGGCAGCAGCAGCAGCGGGAGAAGCAGCAGCGGAGGAAGAAACAACACCACCCGGCUGUCGAGGCCGGUCGAAACCGCACCCUUAUGCAGAUCUCACACAGCGGCAACCGAGCGAAGAUCGUGCUGAAUGGCGUGGGCGAUGAUACACCCGGUGCUCCCUCCAACCGCAGCACCACGCUCUACUUCAAGGCCCGCGCGCCGGGCUUCCUCUUCUUCAUCCAGCCGAUCGAGCGGCAGAGUGGUGCGGCUCGUGGUCGGCCUCAGAGCGCGCGAGCUAUCGUCGUGCCAAUGGGCCAGGGUGUAGACCGGCAGCGAGCCCGUCAGGCGGCGGCUGACCUGCUGCGGCGCCAGAGGACCACCGGCCGGCCCCCGACCGCCGUCAGCCUGGCCUCGGCCAGCACCGUGGUGCCGCGGGUAGUGUCCGCAACGGGGAGCGACACCGCCAGCGCGGCGGCGACUGACACCAACUCCACCACGGCGGCCAGCCUGCAGCAGAGGCAGCAGGAGGAGCUGUACCGCAACAUCGGCCUCCUGGCAGCCGCCGGAGGACGCACCCGGGCCGCCGCUACCGGUACACGGGACAGCACAGAGGUGGUGCCUCUCGGUGCCGAGGGAGACGACUAUCAGCCUCCUGGGGACGACUCUACCGAAACGGCAAUCGCGACGGCAGGGCAGGCGCAAAGAAGGUCCGACAGCACCAAGAAGCGCGUGGCCAACUGUCGAGGGAUCGGCAAGUUCAGGCACUCGUUCGCCAUGGACUACUGGUGCGAGGUAAACUGUAACUCGGAGAAGGUGCGGAACUGUCCCAAGAAUCUGUGCGAGUGUCGCGGCUACGCACGGCUCCAGAGCGUCUAG